AUGUUCUGCUUUCAUUUGUUGCCAUGUACAGUUUUCAUUCAUUAUUUCAUUAAGUUUUCAUUCUUUGUUCAUUCAUGCCUUCAUUCAUCCUUCCAUCCUGCUUUCUUUCAUCGUUUCAUCCAGUUUUCAUUUGUCCUUCCAUUCAUCAUCCCGUCCAUUUUUCAUUUGUGCAUCAAUCAACCUUUCAUUCAUUGUUCCAUCCAGUUUUCAUUCAGCCUUCCAUCCUGCUUUCAUUCAUUGUCCCAUCCAGAUUUCAUUCGUCCUUCGGUCCCACUUUCAUUCAUUGUCCCAUCCAGAUUUCAUUCGUCCUUCUGUCCCACUUUCAUUCAUUGUCCCAUCCAGAUUUCAUUCGUCUUUCGGUCCAACUUUCAUUCAUUGUCCCAUCCAGAUUUCAUUCGUCUUUCGGUCCCACUUUCAUUCAUUGUCCCAUCCAGAUUUCAUUUGUCCUUCGGUUCCACUUUCAUUCAUUGUCCCAUCCAGAUUUCAUUCGUCCUUCGGUCCCACUUUCAUUCAUUGUCCCGUCCAGAUUUCAUUCGUCCUUCGGUCCCACUUUCAUUCAUUGUCCCGUCCAGAUUUCAUUCGUCCUUCGGUCCAACUUUCAUUCAUUGUCCCGUCCAGAUUUCAUUAGUCCUUCGGUCCCACUUUCAUUCAUUGUCCCGUCCCAGAUUUCAUUCGUCCUUUCCGUCCAACUUUCAUUCAUUGUCCCAUCCAGAUUUCAUUCGUCCUUCGGUCCCACUUUCAUUCAUUGUCCCAUCCAGAUUUCAUUCGUCCUUCGGUCCCACUUUCAUUCAUUGUCCCAUCCAGAUUUCAUUCGUCCUUCGGUCCCACUUUCAUUCAUUGUCCCAUCCAGAUUUCAUUCGUCCUUCGGUCCCACUUUCAUUCAUUGUCCCAUCCAAUUUUCUAUCUGAAUCACAAGACUGA